AUGGGCAUUCAGGGUCUAUUGACGCUGUUGAAGGAUGUCUCUGUCAACAAGCACAUCUCCGCCUACAAGGGCCAGACGCUUGGAGUGGAUGCGUACGUGUGGCUGCACAGGGGAGCGUAUGGAUGCGCGCAGAAGCUUGCCAUGGGAGUCUUCACGCAAAGGUGAGUGCGCCGGAGGUGGGGGGCCCGUUCGCGAAAUGAGGACUCCAAGAGACAGGUUGCUGAUGCCAUCGCCCUACUCCCUCCUCUUGCCAGCUACGUCGAAUUUGCGAUGACUCUCGUCCGAAUGCUGCAGCACUACGGUGUCACGCCGUACCUGGUAUUCGAUGGGGACAGACUGCCAGCCAAAGCCAAGACUGAAGCGGAUCGAGCUGCGUGAGUCAUCAGUGUGGCUCUGCGUAUAGCGCUGACCUCGUGCGGAACGCGGCUGACAGGUUAGUUUCCUGACCACAGUCGACGCCAAGAAAAUCGAGCGAGAGCCAAGACGUUGCUGAAACAGGGUCUCACCAAACAAGCCCACGACAUCUUCGCAAAGAGCGUCGACGUCACUCCAGCCAUGGCCUACCAGCUCAUCAAAGUGAGUGCAGGUCGCGAGCCUGAUGAGCCGUUGUCUUGACGCUAAAUGUGCGACGCUUACCCUCCUCGCGUAACUUUGCAGGAGUUGCGCAAAGCAGGCGUGCCGUACAUUGUAGCGCCAUACGAGGCAGAUGCUCAGCUGGCAUACUUGGAAAAGAGGGGGGAUAUACAAGGCAUCGUCACCGAAGACUCUGAUCUGCUCGUAUUUGGUUGCCACACCGUCCUCUACAAGCUCGAGCCUAACGGCGAUUGCGUCGAACUCAGACGCGACCAGCUCACUCGCUGCAAGGCUCUGUCGCUGCACGGCUUUGACGAUGCCCACUUCCGUCAAAUGGCCAUCUUGUCAGGCUGCGACUACCUCGAGUCCAUCGUAGGCAUGGGGCUCAAGACUGCACAUCGUCUGCUACGCAAGUGCGACACUGUCGCAAAAGCUCUGCAGGCUGCUCGCAUGGAAGGCAUGCGCGUUCCAAAGGACUAUCAACAGCGCUUCGACACUGCAGAGCGCACCUUUGUCUUUCAAAGAGUGUUCGAAAGGAACUCGGAGGGUGCUGUCAGUCUUACCACACUUCAUCCUCUGCGAGGUGCCGAGGCAGAGAGCAUACACAAGGACCCAUGCAUCGGUCACGAAGUGCCCAGAGAGCAGUGCUUCAGCCUAG